AUGCUGCUUCUGGUGGCUUUGUGGUGGUUUAGCUCCACGUGCAAAGUGCACCCAGCCACCAUAGAGGAUAUUGGCAGCCUGGUCGAUGGUCCCCUCUGGAACCAGACCAAGCUCAACCUGAAUUCUAAGGGCCUUUCGGAGCCCAUACCCCCGCAGCUCGGCCGCCUGACCAAUCUCACCUACCUGGACCUCUCCUACAACAGCCUCUUUGGCCCCAUCCCACCGGAGCUCGGCAACCUCACCAGCCUCCAAAACCUUUACAUCUACAAAAACAGCCUCUCGGGCCCCAUCCCCCCGCAGCUCGGCAACCUCACUAGCCUCGGCAACCUCGCCGGCCUCCAAUACCUCGACCUCUCCAGCAACAACCUCUCGGGCUCCGUUCCUUCGGGGCUCGACAGCCUGACCAACCUCACGUCUUUGGACCUCUCCCACAACAGCCUCUCGGGCCCCAUCCCCCCGCAGCUCGGCAGCGUCACCAACCUUAAAAUCCUUUGGCUCAACAACAACAGCCUGUCGGGACCCAUACCUCCAACUCUUUCCCGGUUUCGUGGAAUUUCCUUCUUCCCAGGAAAUUCUGGACUGUGCUGCCUCACAUGCUCCAUUACAGGCCUGUGUGCUGACUUUCCACCCCCAGCCCCUUCAUCGCCACCUCCCUUAUUGCAACCGCUUCUGCCAGUGUUUGCCUUCCCUCCACCCCCAGCUCUGCCUUCUCUAACCCCCUCAUUGCAACCACUUCCGCCAGUGUUCGCCUUCCCUCCACCAAAUGCACCUCCUUUCGUGGCCCCAGUCCUGCCUUCUCUACCCCCCUCCUUAACCCCUCAGCCGACACCAACUCUGGGACCUAAUCAAGCGCCCCCUUCCUCAUCCACUUCAGUAGGACCCAUCGUCGGCGGAGUGCUUGCUGGCGCCGCUCUUCUUGUGGCCGCUGCAACGAUAGGCUUCUGCCUCUAUUGUCGGAAGGGGCGGAAGGGGUUUCCCGCUGCUGUCCCAAGUCUCGAGGAAGGUGACCCAAAGAACGAGCUUCACGGGGCAAUCGUCCCUGCACCUCCAGCCCCUACGGGUUCGUUCGGCACGGUCUACAAGGGCGUCCUCCAAGACGGGUCCUUUGUCGCAAUCAAGCGGCUAGAGACGAGGCCAGGGCGCAGAGACGUCGAGGAGCAGUCGUGGAAAGCGGAAGUCGAGGCUCUGGAUAAGGUCUGGCACGUGAACCUGGUGCCCCUCCUCGGGGUUCGCGUGGAAAGAGGGGAGCGGUUGCUGAUCUUCGACUUUUUCCCCCGUGGGAGCCUGGACAGGCAGCUUCACCAUCCUGGUGCAGGGGAGGUUGUGCUGAUCUGGGGGGAUCGGAUGAACAUAGCCAGGGGGGUUUGCCAGGGGUUUAUCUAUCUGCACAACCAUAUUCGCCCACCCAUGGUGCACCGGGACAUCAAGGCCGCCAACAUCCUUCUGACUGAAGCCGACCCUAUCAAUGCCUGCAUUGCCGACUUUGGCCUCGCGCAUCUGGUGCAAGACACGGGGGGGAAGACGUCGACCAUGGUCAAGGGCACGGUUCCAUACAUGGCCCCCGAGUACCUGCACGGGGGUGCCCGCUUCCUGUCCCCGAAGUGCGACGUCUACAGCUUUGGAAUGUUGUUGCUGGAGCUCAUCAGCGAGCGCCCCGCAGUGCGUCAGCUUGAGAGCGGAGUCAUAGAGCGGCUCCUGAAAGUCGCCAUGAAUCUGGUUACCGAGGGGAGAGAAUUGGAGCUUGUGGACCCGGUUCUUGGGAGAAAUUCCGAGGCGGAGGAAGCGCGGAACUAUAUCCACGUCGCACUGGCAUGCCUGCGGACGGACCCGUCCGCAAGGCCCACCAUGGAAGAUGUUGGCUCGCUCCUUGCUCGAGCCUCAGUCGUGGACGCGAGCUUUAGACAGGAAGAGAUAUGGGAUUCGGAGGGGUCGUCUGGGUACUUGGGCAGCCUGGGCUCCUCAACUGCGGAGCGGUCAGUGCGUGAGAGCACGGUGCAAGUGGCCUCAAGGUUCGUCACCCCUAGGUGA